CUGGGCUUCGAGGAUGUGAUCGCGGAGCCCGAGCUAACCCACUCCUUCGACAAAGUGUGGAUCUGCAGCCACGCUCUCUUUGAGCUCAGCAAGUACGUGAUCUACAAGCUCCUGACCCUGGUCCUUGCCAUACCGCUGGCCCUGGUCGUGGGGAUCGUCUUCGCCGUGCUCAGCUGCCUGCACAUCUGGAUUGUGGUGCCUUUCGUGAAAACCUGUCUCAUGGUCUUGCCUUCAGUGCAAACUGUAUGGAAGAGCCUGACAGAUGUUUUCGUCGAACCAUUCUUCCACAGCCUAGGCCGAUGCUUUGCCAUGGUUAAUAUACGCCUGGACCAAGAGUAAAUGUCAGGGAUGCGACACUGCUGUAAUUGUAGCUGGUGUUAUACCUCUUUGCUAACCUAACAUACAAGCACUUACCAUUCAUUCCAAACUGUUAGAUUACAAUGGCUGGUUUAAGUGGGAACAUGCUAUUUUUUCUAAAACUCAUUUAUUUUCAGGGAGAUCAGUUUAAGAAUAAGUAGGCAGUUUUCAUAGCUCACCAUUUUAACAACAGAGCAAAGGCGGAGUAUGUUGGCAACACUUUAUUUUAAUGGUACGUCAAUUGCUAGAUUACAGGAGAAUUCUCGGGGAGGUUUAACAGCCACCAAAGUGAUAAUGAUUGACGUUAUUACUAUAAAUAUUUAAAUAGGCUGUGAUACCUGAGGUGAAACUGAUCUCUAGGGUUUCCCAUUGACUUUGCUGUCAGUCCACCAGGGAUUUUUUUUGGCCCUCACUAUGCAGAAGGAUCAACUCAGUCCUUUAUUAUCAACAGUUAAAAUGAACGUGACUCAUUGCAUAAGCAUACAGGGAAAGGAACUGUUGUGUAAUUCUCCUAUAUUGGGGAGGAAAAGCUCCCUGGAAGCUUAUCCCUUAAAAUAAGGUGUUAGCUAAUGAUUUGGAACAUCAGCUAAUCUGUAUAUUUUAUUUAAUGAGAGGUUAACUUUGCUGUAUAUUUUGUACUUUUGUAAAUGGCACUUGAUCAGUUUUCUCUGAAGCAUUGUUUCUAUAGUAUUUGAAUUCUGACUAACUUACUAGGCAGCAAGAGUGAGACACGGCAAAAAAUUACUUCAGAUAACUAAAAUUUCAGUUUCUAGAUUAUGUAGAUUUGUAAGUGUUGGCGUGCAAUUCUAGUAUAUUCAUUA